AGGCUGCGUAUCUUACUUUAGAAUGCUCAGAUGUUCGUGAAUUGAAAUGGCAGGCUAUCCAGGAGGGUAUCCUAUGCCGGGGCAGCAAGGAGCAGCCUACCAUGGAGCUCCUGCAGGUUACCCACAACAACAACAACAACAACAACAACAACAACAACAACAGUAUGCUCCACAGCAAGGCUAUCCUGGCCAGCAACCAGGAAGUUGGGGUGGCGCUCCACCAGGAAUGGAUCCACAGAUCUACAGCUGGUUUGUUGCAGUGGAUCAGGACAGGUCGGGUCAGAUAAAUUUACUAGAGCUACAGAUGGCACUAAGAAGCAACAGCUGGUCGCAGUUCAGCUCGGAGACUUGUCGACUCUUGAUAACCUUGUUUGACAGAGAUAACAGUGGAACAAUAAAUCUGAAUGAGUUUCAAUCACUGUGGAACUACAUACAGCAAUGGAAGCAGUGCUUUGACCGAUACGACAUGGACCGGUCUGGAAACAUAGAGGCAGCUGAGCUAGCAAAAGUGCUCACCGACAUGGGCUACAGGGUAUCGCCGCAGAUCGUCAACACGAUCCUCUACAAGUACGAUCAGCUGUACCGGCGCAGCCUCAAGUUUGACGACUUCAUCAACGUCGCUGUGAUGAUGAAGAAUUACACGGAAGCGUUCCGGCAGCGCGACGUGAACCAGACCGGCACCGUCCAGCUCGCCUACGACGACUUCCUCGGUAUUGUGUUUGGCAGCAAACCGUGAGCGGCUUCGCGCGGCGGCAGUCUAAGGUGGACGUCGCAGGUGUGCGAAGUACGUGGAAGUUGGAGGCGAGGCGAGGCGUGGACGAACGCCAGUGGUCUGUCACGAACUACUACCUGCCAUUUAAAUUAUUUCUAAAAUUUUGCACCGAUGACGACGAAAUUUGAUCAUGAUGAAUGUUGAAAUGUUUUUCAGAGUAGUUUGUCCCUUAAAAAAGCCGACCUUUGAAUGUAUUUGUAUCUGACUGUAUCUAUGAUGUGUUACUUGGGAGGUGCCUUUCCGAAUCGCUCCAUUUGGCUAAAAAAAAUCUCAGAGGAAUAUUGCAUGCAAUUUUCUGCGUUUACAAGAUUCUAAAAUUUUACGCAUUGGUGGACCCCUAUUUAUGGAGCGGCGCCCACCAAAAACCUGUGUAUAAACAGAUGCUUCAUCUGUUCAGCUCUAUCCAGUCAGUCCAGUGCAGACAUCAUCCACACACAUGUCCUGGCCACCUCUAUUUCUGAACUCUAUAUCUGCUUUAUUAUUAGUAUGCAUGUUACCAUCCCACGUGUUGAGUUAAAUGACGUUACUGUUUUAGUUGAAGCUAAAUUUAAAAGUGAAAUUUGUAGUAUUCUGUCCUUCUCUUGUUCGGCUCUUGCAAUGUUUUUUCUCUCCUAAAUAUUACUGGUGGCUAUAGUUGUAGACUGAAUGAGGUGACAGUUCUAUCGAAUUACCAUGAACGUUAAUAUUGUAGCAAGUAUGAGAAUGUUUUAGCUCUCUCUGACUUGAUCUUUUUCCGGUAUAUUCUGUAACAAAUGAAUAUUGAUUUCACCUUUAACAACCGUUUAAGUGUAGGUUAUUUGAAAUUCUUGGGACCAAGUGUCUUGGAAUCCGAGAUUUUGCGGGGUUUGGAAUACCUGUAAACUAUAUACCUAUAUAAUGUGGCAGUUCUUGGGAAGAGACCCAAGUCUGAGCAAAAAAAAAAAAAUGUAUAUUUCAUUUAUACCUCACGUAUAUAGUCUGCUGGCAAUUUAUAUGAAAUAUCUUUAAUCAAUUAGUGCACUAGUAAGUGAUACAGUAACCAGCGGCGACGAGCGCGGAAGACAUACUGAUCCCAAGUCAGCCUUACCCAGAGCAAGCGAGAUGUCACGCACAUAACUGGGUGCUGAUCCUUUCCAAGGCCUUGUAAUAGAAUUUUUCGAACGUCGCUUACAUGCCGGUGUUCGUAAAAAUAUGCACAUUGCAGAGCUUUUUUGAAUUUAGAAUAAAGGGGUAAUUAAUCUAGCUGUAUAUACAACUUCGUGACAAGUGUUACAUGUAUCGUGAGCAAGUACCGCUGUUGAUUAUUGGUUGGCAUUUAAUGUUAUAGUUCAUGCGUUAUUUUAUACAAUUUAUAGAAUGGCUUGAAUAACUUAAUGUGUAAUUGUAUAUUCAUUUGUUUGGUUAUUAGGACUCGUUAGUGGUACACUUUGCGUUCGUCAAUCAUGUCCGUACUCACAGCAACUGCAAGUGUGGAAUUUUAUGUUUAUCAAACUAUUCCUCGGUCUGAAAACGUAUAUUUAACAUAUCUCCAUCGAUCAAGCCCCAUUAUUGCUGACGUAGAGCACAGAAUUAUAUAGAAAUGUAUAACUAAGGAACAUCUAGUUAGAUUUUUAAAACAUUGCAUUCAUAAAAUAAAAGUCCAAUAUACGGAUUAGUGCCUUAAUUGUAAUUAAUUGAACCCGAAAUGAAUCUAAAGUGCAUGCACUUUAAAAAAAGUGCAAAUCAACUGACUUUAGUGUAACUUUACACAUGUUAAGAUACUUUAUGAAAUAAAUAUUAAAUUUUUGGCAGGA